AUGAAGAUUGACUUUGGAUUAAAAAAAUCACAAAAUAUUCAGCCAUCGUUUGUGUCCACAGCCCCCAACAGUUAUUCCAUCCCUUCUCUCCUCGGCCACACGAAGGAAGGAGCCAAGCAUUCAGCUCCAAGUUUCACCAUGAGCGCACGUCCUAAAGAUGCCGAGGAUAAGAUGAAGGUUCCAGGACCUGGCUCUUACGAUGAAGCCACUGUAGACAAAUACAAAACACUGAAAAGUCCUUCCUUCAGCAUGGGUCAGCGCACUACUAUCCCGUCAGAUCACACCAUGAAGCCAGGGCCGGGAGCUCAUUGUCCUGAAAAGUGCUUCAACGAUUGUGGCCCUAAGUUCACAAUGGCGGCAAGACCUAAUGAAGCUGAAGAUAAGAUGAAGGUUCCAGGACCGGGAACUUAUGAUUCGGGAGACCUGGAUAAAUGCCGAGAGAAAAUGCCUGCUUACACGAUGGCACCAAAGACAAACCUUCCAGUUGACAAUAGUCCCAAACCUCCUCCCAACGCUUAUUCUCCAGAGAAGUGCUUCAAGGACACCGGUCCCAAGUUCACAAUGGCAUCGAGACCAAAUGAAGCUCAGGAUAAAAUGAAGGUACCGGGACCGGGAACUUAUGAUUCAGGGGACUUGAAUAAAUGCCGAGAGAAAAUGCCUGCUUACACGAUGGCACCAAAGACAAACCUUCCAGUUGACAAAAGUCCCAAACCUCCUCCCAACGCUUAUUCUCCUGAGAAGUACAAUCCUUCGGGACCUAAGUUCACCAUCGCACCCCGCCCUCUCGAGGAAACGGACAAGAUGAACGUCCCUGGCCCCGGGGCGUACGACGCUGGCGAUCUUGACAAGUGCCGUCAGAGUAUGCCGGCUUUCACGAUGGCACCAAAGACGAUCGUGCCCACUGAUCACACUCAAAAGCCAGCACCCAAUGCCUAUUCACCCGACAAAUCAGAAACGUCGGAGCAGAAGACGACGCCCCAGUUCUCUUUCGGGAUCAAGCACUCUCAAUACUUGGGCAAGCUGAGAGACCAGUAAACCUCAUCAUGUCAGGCCUGUGUAAACCUACACCCUUACCUGGCCAUUCUAGGUGAUGA